AUGACCAGCGCAAAAGGGACCCCAACACCGCUCAUCAUUGAUACGGAUCCCGGCGUUGACGAUGUGCUCGCCCUCUUGCUCGCCCUCGCUUCGCCCGACGAGGUGGCUGUCAAGGCCAUCACGCUGACGUUCGGCAACACGACACUUGAUCAUGCAUACGCCAACGUCUUGCGGACAGGUGCGGUCUUGCAACGCCAUCUCGCCGAUCCAUCUACACCCGAGGCUGUCAAGAAACGGUAUCGCUCCUUCAGCGCGGAUGCCGAGCCCAUCGUGAUCGCUUCCGGAUCGACAGAGCCUCUGGAAGGCAAGAUGCUGACCGCGUCCUACUUUCACGGUCGUGAUGGUCUUUCGGGGGUCAAUUGGCUACCAGAUGACCCGUUUCCCGUGCCAAAAGAUGCGAUAGCGCCAUUGUCACCUACAGACAAGCAUGCAGCCGAUGUGAUCCUGGAUAUUAUCCGUCAACACCCUCCUCACUCGGUCCGAAUUGCAGCUCUGGGCCCUCUCACCAACCUCGCUGCCGCAUUCCGCAAGGACCCGGAGACAUUCGCCAAGGUCGGCGCCAUCUCGGUCAUGGGCGGCGCAUUUGAUGUGCCAGGCAACACCUCGCCGGUCGCCGAGUUCAAUUGGUAUGCGGACCCCUACUCGGUGCGUGUGCUUGUCGACGAGGCGCCUCGACACCCGGCGCUUCAGGGGCGGAGGUUGCCGAUCCAGGUGUUGGCGCUGGACAUCACGUCGGAACACACAGUGCCCUACUCGAGCCUCGUCAAGGCCACCUACGAAACGCCGGACGACACUCCUCAAGGCGCCAGUCAUCUGGAACGUUAUAUCGGAACCUUUCUCACCCACCCACGCGCAUUCACCAACAACCUGGUGGCACCAGAAGAGUUUCACCCAGAUCAGCACGAUCUGUUUCAGGCACACGAUCCGCUCGCCAUCGCACAUGCCAUCUUUGCACCCAUGCCUGCGUCAGGAUCCAUGGAUGGCAAGAGAUGGAAGCAUACACCGCGUCGUUUCCAGAUCGAGACCUCGGGCGAUCUCACAAGAGGGUUCUGCGUGGUCGAUCGCAGAUUUACGGGCAGUGGAAGCAGCAGGAAGAUCGGAGGGAACAGAGCGGAAGAUGCGGAAGCAGAGGAGGAAUUGCAUGUCAUCGAGAACGCGGAUGUGCCAGUGCACCGCAAGAAGCAGAAGACGGACGAGUCGCAGAUCGGAUUGGUGGACGAAGUGACGCGAACGCCCGGCAUCGAGUGGUUCGCAAAGAUGUUCUUGGAGCGCAUUGGAUUGUAG